AUGGCAGACGCAACCCCAUCUCCGGGUAUCUUCCCGCCUCUAAACCGCGCCGAUGUCCUCGCCUUCCAAUUCUCAUCCUGGUACCCAACAUUCUCCUCUUUAUCCAUCAAGUCAACAAUCAUCCGGCCCGUACCAGAGGGCUUUCAUGCGUACCUGAACGCGGACGGCGUGUUUCUGCCUGAGGGUUCUGUUGAUGUGCCGGCGAAGAGCUCGAUUGUGGAUGUCGAUGACGAGGAGGAAGACGAAGAUGACUCUUCAGACGAGGAUGGCGAAGAGGUCAACGUGCGGCAUGCGUUUCCGGAGUUGGACGAGAGAAUACGCGCCACUGUGAGGGAGUACGAGGCAGUCUUUCCCAAGUUGAACUUCUCGUCGCCCAAGGAUGCGAGCUGGUUGCUACCGUCUUCAUCACCGCUCAAGUGUACGGACCCCGCGGAAGUCUACAUGUUGCUCAAGUCUUCCGACUUUAUCACGCAUGAUCUGGACGCGAGCAACGUCUUUGCGGGCUGCGAAGGAUACGAGGAUGCGGUACAAGUGCAAAGCAAGUCCGACCGCUACGAGCUAGAACUCAUACUGCGGAAAUGGUAUCCGGUUGAGCGUGCGAGAGAGCUGAGAUGCUUCGUCCGUGACGGUGUCGUGCUAGGUAUAACGCAGCGCGAUGAAAACGCUUACGAUUGGCUGCACGAUCCAGAUACGCAGGCUCAGAUCGCUCGGGAUGUAAAGGAGUACUGGACGAAGAAAGUGGCCCCACGAUGGAAGGGUCCAAGCUCAUAUGUUAUGGACAUCCUGCUAACGCGAGACCUGGCUCGAUUCCAUAUCCUCGACUUUGCGCCCUACGCCCCUCGAACAGACGCGCUGCUCUUCACCUACGACGAUCUCCACGCCCUACAUCUACGAGCCGAAGCGUUGCCAGAGCUCCGUGUGGUGGAUAAGGACGCAAAGCCGGCGGCCACACCCGCUAACGUGCAUAACAUGGUCCCGCUCGAAGCGCUCAGCCUUAGCGCAGGCCGCGGGAUCGAUGACUUUCAGAAGGUGUGGGCUGAGCAGGUGCGGAAGGGUAUGCAGGACUCGGACAGCGAUUCAGAUAACAAGGACGUGUAA